AUGCAGGUGCUGCUGAGACUCCAGGAAGAUGGCUUUCUGCUGAUGGCCGGACCUCUAGUGAGGGGCUGGCCUAGAGACUUGGACCUGAACCCUGACCUCCUGCCUCCAUGUUCAGAGUGCGCGCCCACAGGCUCCCAAUGCUCUGAGCGUCCCACGAAAGGAGGAUUCUCCGGCUUCCGGCGAAGGCCGCUCUGGGCUCAGAACAGCUCUGCGCGGAGCCCUAAUGAGGCGGAGGAGCGCGGACAUCCGGCCCCGCCGUCCCGCAGGCGCCGGAGCCGCGGGCGGAAGUGGCAUCUGCCCCUUGGAGACGAAGCCAGGCCGUGUCCUCUCUCCAGCAUGACCACUGCUGUCCCCGUGUUCACCGUUCUCUUCUUUAUGAGCCACGUUCCACCAGGCAGCGCCAGUUUCAGGGAGGUCUGUGAGCGUCCAAAUGGGUCCUGCCAGGAAUUCUGCCUCGACUCAGAAAUCCAUUCUGGGCGAUGUCUGGAUGGCCGCCCAUGCUGCUUGCCCUUGGUGAACGUCCCUGAAGUCGAGCCCACCACACCCAGGGUGCGCUGAAGGCCUCCUGAAACUUUUUGUUUGUUUGGAUGUUUUAUUCUUACUCUCCUGACCUUUCACUCUUGCCUCUCUGUCUUUUGUUCUCACAGGGAUUCUUAGUGAGUUCUCAAUAAAUAAAGAAUCAAAAUUUGCA